AUGGAAAUACAAUAUAAUGGAGCAUCGGCAGCAAUGAAGACAAAGCAAGGAAAGAGAUCAAAUAGUAAUAGCAAAGCGAAUAGUUGUAAUUAACAAACCCAAAACAAUAAUUUACAUACUCAAAAUAUUAGCGCAGAAACAAAAAAUGAGUUUUCUAACCAUGAAAUUCUACUUUUAAUUGAUAUCAGAAUUAAUGAAUUAAAUUAGCUCUCUAACAUUUAUGCGAUGACUUUUGAUUAAACUGUCAAGAAAGUUAUUGAAUUUUCCAACAUCGAAAUCAGUGAUGAUAAUAGAUGUGUUAAAUUGGCUUAAGCUGUAGCUCAAAUUAAUAAUAUCAGGAAAAAAUACUCUUCUUGCUAGUCCUUUUUCAUAGUUUAUCCAAAGAAAUCCAUAGCGAGUGCUCUUUUCAAAAUAUUUCGCCAAAAUAAAAUCUAAGUAAAUGAAUUAAGUUUCACUAAUACAUUCAUAUCCUUAGGAUAGCUAAUGCCAAGCUAAUUUCUUGCUGAUGAAGUGAUUCUAUUCAACUAGCUUUCAUACUUUUUAGAUUUCCAACCUGAUGAAGAAUUUGCUCAAGAGAUUCUUCCAGUUUACUAGACAAUAUAAGAAAGCAUUAGCAAAGAUUAAGUGAAUACUUUGCCUAAAUAAAUAACAAGAACUUUUAGCUAAUCAAUUGAUUUGCAUGGCCUUUCAUCAUCAGAGAUAAAGCAAUAACUGAAUGGUUAAUUACCAAAUGAUAGUAGGAGUUAAAUGUUAAUCAGCACAUGCAAUUAGCCAAUAAUAAAAGAUGAAAUAAAGUAAGAGAGAAAGCAAGAUGAAUUUAAUGAACAGUAGAAUGAAAUUAUUUUAUCUUCUUCUUCUAUUACUAAUCAGCAUUAUUAAAUGUAACCAUAAGCACUUUCAAAAUCUUCUUCCCUUCUCUCUUCGAAUCAAAACACUCCUACUCUUUCUUAAAAUCUAGCUGUAAAUGUAGAUAAUACUACACCAUCUUCAACUUUGACUGCAUUUUUGAGAAAAGGCGACUAACAAAGUGAAUAAUCCUAACAAAAUACAAGUAAAAAUAUAUCAUCUCUUUUCUCCUUAAGCAACAACAUGCAAUUUCAGUCAAAUACUACUUAAACUCCCUUUACAUCAAGUAGCUCAUACUAAAUGCAACCAGAAAAAACAAUAUUUUCUUAAUUAACAGUCAAAAGGCAAACAUCAUUUUCAGUUGAUUCUGGUUCUUUUCUUGGAGGCCAAACCUCCCUAUUUUCAAGCAUACUAACUAACAACCAAACAAAAUCAAACUAGCUUACAUAAAAUAGCUACAAUAACAACACUAGCAAUAAUUUAUUUAAGAGUUCGUUAAAUUUAUUUAAUAGUGUUAACUCCUCACCUUUAGCAACCAUUUAAGAGUAAAAAGAAAAAACAGAAAUGAGUUUAGAAAGAAACUCAAAUGAAAAAAAUACAUCUACUUAAAGAACAGUACAUUAAAAAGAUAAUGAAUAAAACAAUAACAACAACAACAACAACAAUAAUAAUAAUAAUGGAUGCAUCAGUUCUUCAUCUUCAAUUUGCUCAAAUUCAACUUACUCUAGUAACAAAUUCAUGAAUGAUUAGCAAUUAAAUAACAAAGGAACAAAAUUUUCUUCAUAGUUUAAUUUUUUUAUCUUAGUGACUAAAUUGGUUAAAUAAGGAUUUUAAUUCAAAAAAGAUUGCAUAAUUAGCUUCAGAAAUAACUUAACAAUCGAAGUUAAACUCAAAUAUGGUUAAUAAAUAUUUGAAAUAACUUAAGAAGCUAACAAGAAAACUCCUUUGUCUACAAAUCUUGAAUGUGAUUAAACUGCUAACAUUAAAAAUGAUAAAAUAAUAAAAGAAAAUAAAGAAUUAUCUUAGUAGCAAUUAACCUAAGAAUUAAUAAAAAGCGGAUAUAAUUUACCUAAUUAAAAUCAAUAGAAUUUAUCAAGAAAACAAAUACAUCUCUAAUCUCAAUGGGCAAAAUAAAAUCUUGGAUUGGAUAAAUUACAACCAACAUAGCUAAUCAUGGCAGAUUAGAAGCAAAAAAUACAAGAAAAUCUCAUUUAAAGAAGCAUGGAAAUACAGUAAAAGCUUUCUAAGAACGAAGAGAAUAAAAAACUAGAUAUGCUAUUUGUUAUUGACUUUGAAUGUAAUUAGCCAGGUUAUGAAAUCAUAGAAUUCCCUGUUCUUGUAAUUGAUUUAAAAAAAGAACGUAUCAUAGAUACAUUCCAUACUUACGUUAAGCCUACUACUUUUCCUAAGAUAAAUCCUUAUAUCUCUAAAAUAACGGGCAUUCAACAAAAAGAUGUUGCCAAUGCUCCUUCGUUUGUUCAAGUUAUUCAAAAGGUUGAAGCCUUUUUAUAAAAAUAUAAAGACUAUGAAGGGUGCAUUUUGUAUGAUUGUGACAGUGAUUGCAACUAUAUGAAAAGCGAAUUUAUCAAUAAAAACUACAUUCCAACCAGUGAUGUCUUCUUUUCAUAUAUAAAUUUAAGAAAUGUUUUCCCUCUGGAAAUUAGUGGUGGAGUCAUCAACAAGUCUCUUUCUCAUGCAUAACAAGUAUUAUAAAUGGAAUUCUAAGGAUGCAAACAUAAAGGAAUAGAUGAUGCUCGUAACUAGGCUUUAGUGUGCAUCGAGCUUGUUAAGAGAGGAUACAGUUUCACAUAAUUUAUGAUCUAACCUUAAUUUUUAAAACAAGAUCCUAAAUGCUGUGUGAAAAAUAAUUUAUUUAAUUUAUAUGAAUACAACACAAAAUUCCUCUUGAUUAAACUUGAUAUGGCAGUAUAAGAAUAAGAAAAAAGUGAUACUUAAGUUCCAUAAAAAACUUAGCCUGCAUGUAUGCCAAAUCAACCAAAUAAAUACUUGAAAUUUACUUGCUUUUUAACAGAAAAAAACCCAGAGUUAAAUUAAGUCUAUAGAAUUAAAGAUAGUACUUUCUAUUUUGAUUUUAUAACCUGCUAAGCUUCUGGAUCAAGAUGUGCAAAUUUGGCUUUAAGCACUCACCCAAGAAAUUUAUAUUAUAGCUAAUUGACUUAUUAUGGAUUUGUAGGGUCUAGUACAAGCUCCAAUACUAGCAGCAUUUAAAACUUUUAAGCCCCUAGCAAUGUUGGUAAACAUUAAAAUUAUGGUAAAUAGGAAAACCAAAAAGGUAACAAAUAAAUUGAUGAACACACUAAACAAGUUGAAAAAUCUUUUUACCAUCACUUUUCAAAUUAUUUAAAAAAAUACAACAUCUAAAGAAAUUAAACUGCUUUUGUCUUACUUGGCUUUGAUAAAAAUGAAUUCUCUAACUUUUAGAAAGUGUUCAAUUUAUAACAAUAUGAAAAAGAGCUUUUCUAUAACGAAAAAAUUAUAUAUAUUGAUGACAGUUUGAUUUAGUUUACAGGUUUUUUAGAUGUUUAUAAGUAAAAAGAUCAUUAUAGCUAAAGAAAAAAUUCAGCAUGUUCAACUCCAUAUAAAAGAAAGAGAUCUAUGAGUGAUGAUCUACUUUCUUCAUAGAUUAAAGUAAAUUUAAAUCAUCAUGUGCAGUUUUAGGAUAAUAUGACAAGUUAAAACUCUACAACUAUUCCAUAAAGAAAGAAUAGUACCAAAUUAACUAACUAAUCGCCUAUGAUUAAGCCAGCUAGCACUACUCUUCUAACAGACCACCUCAACUUAAACGGAAAAGAAGAAUACACAAUUAUACACAAAGGAGAUCUAUAAAUAAAUGAGAAUGAGAAAAAUAUUUCUAAAUCUCAAAGAAAAAGAAGUGGAAAGGACUUUGUAAAUAUUCCAGAACCUAAAACUAUUCAAAAUAAAAUAGAGAAAUAAUAAUAAUAAUUAUAAUAACCUCAAUCCUAAUUAAAUUAAAUAAAUAUGUAAUAAACUAUCACAGAAUCUUAGAAUGCACCGAACUAACAACAAUAAAACUAAAAUAACCUCUCAAAUGCUUAAAAUUAGAGCACAACUAGUAGUUUUAGUAAAGACCAGGUUUGCCAAUUAAUCAGAAACGAUGAAUUUAGUAUUAAUUUUGUGAAUUUUAUUUUAGUUAAUAGAAAAAAGCUUUAAGAAUAUUAAGAUUUAGCAUACCAUUGGUAAUAUAUAAAUAACAAGCCAAAAUGA